GCUAUGUUGGCUAAAAGCAAAAGAUUUUAAUGUUUGGCUUUCUGCACACUCUAAUGCAUUUCUAAUAUUUGUGUAGUAAUUUAAAUCAUUUCUUUAAAUUCGAACAUGAAGGGAAAACUGAAUAAUAUCGUACCAUGUUUUCUAGAAAGCAGGAAAAAUUCGAAUUGCAUUUUAGAACUUGAAGAAUUUUUAUUGUCUGAGGAAGAAAGUAUUAUAACUGAUGCUAUUGAUGUUACUAAAGAGCUUUUUUCAAAUAUAUUUUCACAAGCUAUGUUACGUCAAGGAUUUAAUGCAGGUGAAGUUCAAGAAAAGUAUAGACUCUGGCUUUUUAAUAGAUAUGAGGACUAUGUUGGUCAUCUUCUGUCAUAUUUAUCACAUCCAAGCACAAAAAUUCGGGAAUCAGCACUAGACACACUCCUAACCUUUGUCAUAUUGGAAAAAGAAUAUCCUAUAAAAGUAGUUGAUAAUGGUAAAUAUUAUUUUCCUCGCAAUCUUUUUCAGAAGAUCAUCAAAGAGUUGCUGUCCUAUGAAAUUGAUCAGCAGAAAGUUAUUUUGAGAUUUCAAAAUUGUACUUCUUCUGAAGAUAAUAAGUUUUACCUGCUUAAAUGCAUGCAGUGUACCUUAGAAAGUUCUGAAAAGCUGACUGAUGUUUUUAUUGAAAAUACUUUUCAUCUUCUGCGUGGACUUGAAUAUCCUGAGGAAUUUUCUAAUUCAGGUGUUCAAGGUCAGUCUGGUAUUGACGAAAAAAAGUUUUCCAAAUUGUUUUCAUCUGUUUGGAGGAGGUUUUUGAAAUUUCAGCUCCCUCCAGUGCUCUUUCGAAAAGUUUUAAUGUGCUUAGAUGAAGGAGUGCUUCCACAUUUACAAAAUCCAUGUGUCAUGACAGACUUUCUUACAAAUGCUUACAACAAAGGUGGUCUAACUAGUCUAUUAUCCUUGAAUGGAUUAUUUUUACUUAUGCAAAAGUAUAAUGUGGAAUAUCCAGAUUUUUACAAAAAAUUGUAUGCUUUAUUCAGUGAAAAAAUUGUAAAUGGAAAACUAAGUGCAAGGUUUUUUUACUUGUCAAAUCUGUUUUUAUCAUCUACACACUUACCAGCGUAUGUUGUGGCAUCUUUUGCAAAAAAAUUGAGCAGGAUUUCCUUAAUGUCAAGAACAGACACCCUUAUGAAAAUCGUGCCUUUUGUAUGCAACCUUCUCAUACGCCAUCCUACUCUCAAUGUGCUAAUCCACCGAAAUGAUCCCAAAAGUCUUUCAUGUGAUCCCUUCAAUUUUGAUGAAACAGAUCCAUCUGCAAGCAAAGCUAUUGAUAGUUCUCUCUGGGAGCUGAAAGCUUUGCAAAAUCAUCUGAAUCCUGUAGUUUCCAGUAAAGCUAAAGUGAUUAAUUCAAAUUUACCUAAAUUGGAAUAUGACAUAUCAGGAGUUCUUAAUGUCACAUUAAAUGAUGUCUAUCAAAAAGAAAGAAAACGCAAAUUUUCUGAAAUGCCUCUUGCAACAAAAAAGCCAUGUAUGGAAAAUGUUUGGAUUUUUGAUAAAUAAAAAUUAUUUUUUAAUGUAA